AUGGACGAUUACAUACCUGCGCCGGACCCGAGGUCGCUGCUACCUUCGCUCCUUGCAUGUCUUCCCGCCGGCUUUGCGUCUCCCCGGCCUCCUCCGGUGCUGCUUCCUCUCCUCUCGCCCAUUCUUCGGCAACGUGUUCAGCUCUUCAGUUCGGUAUCUCCAUCGUCUGCAGAUUCUUGGAUUCGGCUGCUCUGCUGGAAUGCUAGCAGAGGGGAGCAGAUCGAGCGCAUCAUCGGAGGAGCCUCUUUCGAACCCCACCCCGUUUCUGGGGAGAUCGAGAUCCCUGAUGAUAUUAAGACGCGAUACAAGCGUGUUGACGUCGAAACGUUACGUGCACAAUUUCCAUUACCAGAUUACAAUCUUGCACCCAUAUAUGUUUGGUGUCCAGGCGACCAGGAAGGGGGUGGUCCAGGCUGGAGAGUCGCGGAGGUUUUGCCGCUUGAUUCUCUCCAGGAUGAAGGACACACGUGGUUUGGCUCGAUUGGAGAAGCGAAUGCGUCACUGCAGGAUAGAGUGCUCGACGAAGCUCUGAAAGGCACGUGGGACGCGCUCAGACCGUACAACGAUAAUAACGAGGGCGAAGGCGAAGGCGACGGCGACGGCGACGGCGAUGAAGAUGACGAUUAUUGGGCACAGUACGAUGAUAACCUAGGGAGGACACCCGUGAGAAUUCAGACGCCCUCCCGAGAUAACUCUCGCAUCAAGCAGCUACGAGAUACGUCUGACGAUUCUUAUUAUAACCGUUAUGAUGAGGUCCAGCCUGCGAUGGACAAUGAUGAUCCGUCGGUGGACCGGAAUGAAGUUGGAGAUUCAUCACUGAACGGUGACGCGGUUGCUAGUGUCCUUAGGCAGCAGAUAGAACGCAUCGCCCAUCAGAACGGCAGGUCACGCACUCCGCCAGCAGUGAGCGAUUUUGCAGUUUCUCUGAGCCAUCCAAGGCCGGAAUCCGCCUCUUCACAGGGGUCAGAUGCUAUUCUGAGACUAGAGCGGACCGCAGAGAACCAAUCUAUGGCUGAAAUGGGAGUGCGUGAAUACAUAUCUUCCAAUUUUAGAAAUUUAUACCUCUUGGCGAGGUCCACCGGGAUCCCAAGGGAAGAAUUUGGGAACCUCGUCCGAAAGGAAUUGGAUCGAUUGGAAUACACUGGCUUUGAACGAACCACGACCCUCUGA